AUGAGCUACGUUCGGCCGACGCGUGCACCAAUUCACCGCACGUACGGCGAAAAACAAGACCUGCUCCGGGCAUGGAAUGCUGUUGAAGGCGGUGGCAUGACUCUCGUUGCUUUCUGCCCGGUCACGGCAGAUACCUCUGUCCACUUUCGAAAAGGGGUGAACAAUCAAGACAGAAUCAACCGAGUCUCGACAGACCGCGUCAACAACCACAUCGCCCCACGAGCGUCCAUAUUGCAACGACAAUCCAAGCCAGUCGACCCUCGACGGCUGCAGCUGCAUGCGUGGAUGGCCACAGCACGUUCCCCAAUCAACCUGGAACUUAUGCGUGUCAAGGUGAGUGAGCUUUGGCCCGAGUGGGACGACAUCAGUCAUCCCGCAUUCAAGCACUCCAAUUACUUUGCCAAGUGUGAACCCAACGGCGUUGACACCUUUGAUGCCACUGAAACGGGCGAACAAGACGGCGGUCCCUCAGGCGAAGACACCGAAACCGACGAUGAAUUGUCGACACGUGACCCAGCCCUCGACAGAACGUAUGGAACCUCUAAAAAGGCGCCAUGCCGCCCCUUCCGAAAAAGCGUGGUGUCAGAAGACGCUGAUCUGUUCGAUAACGACGAUUCUUUGGCCGACAGCGACUUCGCCACACUUCUCAAAAAUUCCAGCCACCCCUUUUCCUGCCCAUUCUCCCCUUCACACCCUUCGGCUGCCUCCAGUGAGGACUCGUACGACAGCGACUUUGAGGAUUACUUCAAAAUGACGUCAGUCCCAGUGAAGUUCCCCAAGGCACUAGGCGGCAAACGUAUUGGAAAGACUCCCCGAACAAAAUGCAGGCCCCGGGACCACACCAAUCCACGAGACAUCACGCCAGCGCCUGCCCCACCUUCCCCUGCCUACCCCAAGGACCCCGCCACUCGACGAGCCGCCACUGAACUAUCAGCCGAACCCGCCCCUGUCCACCCCAAGGACCCCGCCACUCGACGAGCCGCCACUCCACUAUCUGCUGCACCAACCCCUGCCACACGACGAGGCUCCAAUGAAGCAUCAGCUACGCGGGCCUCUACCAACCCCAAGGACCCCGCCAUAUCCAUCAAACGCGGGGCGACGGCCCCCCCUACAAAGAUCAAGCCUACCAAAGCGCCUCGGAAUCUGAACGAGGCACCCACGUUAUCGUCCUAA